ACUAAAUCAAAUCCAUUCAAUAUGUUCAAAUUCGCUGUUGUCAUCUUUGCCAUCAUCGCGUGCGCUGCUGCCAAGCCAGGUCUGCUGGGUGCGCCUCUGGCUUACAGUGCUCCACUGAUUGCUGCUCCCGCCCCGUAUGUCACCUCCUCCAGUAGCCAGGUGUUCGCCCGCAAUUACAAUGGAAUAGCCGCUGCUCCUGUGGUCGCCAGCUAUGUGAGUGCGCCUCUGGCUGCCCCCCUUGCUGCCGCUGCUCCUGCUCCAGUGAUCUCCAAGUAUGUGGCGGCUCCAUUCGCU